AACUUCCGGUUCAUGUGUGCGCUGCGAAAUUGAAAAAAAUAGUAUUUCAAGGUGAAUAUACGGCAAAUAAAACCAAGAUGAUAUUGAAAUGUUAAUAAAAACGUUGUUUUCUUAUCCGUGAAUAUUCAUGUACUGUUGACACAUGGAAUUUACCCGUUAAUAGAAUUGAUGGUGUGUCAUAGUUUUCGGAUAGGAAGGGUAACUUUAUAGGGAGAACAGAAGAGUUUUCAAAGAUGGCAAAAAAGAAGAAAAUUAAGCAGCCUGGUAUGAGAAAGGAUGACACAGAUGCAGGAGCAAUGGACAUUGACCAAACAGUACCACAGUUAGCGGUGCCUGUCACAGAAUUACCUGCCAUACAGGUUAAAGGUCAAACAGGUAAAAAUACCAGAGCAGAAACUGAACUUACAGUUUUAAAGCAGAAUGGAUCCUCUCAAGACAACAAUAGAGAAACACCUAGUGGUUUAAUUGGAGGUACUACGAAACAGUCAUUUGAAAAACCAUCAGGUUCAAAGUCAGUUCCUCAUGGUGGAGAUGGUAGACAAGGAAAAGACCCAGUUCGUCCAGUAGAAACAAAUUCUACCGUAUUAGAAAAUACUUCAGGGACAUCUGAACUUAAAACAAGUGUACCAUAUAAAGGAAAAUCUUCCAGUCAUAUUAAGAACCCAGAUAUUACUGGAGAAGUAUUGUCACAUGGUGGCAAGAAAUUUGUUCAAGGUGAUCAGAAAAAAGUGUCAACUAGUAAGGCAGCAGCAAAGUAUAUAAAAGAGGUUACAACAACGAAAGUAGAGCGAAAGAGAGGGAAAAAGAUGGAGCAAAAGAUAGAACAAAGGAUACAUAUGAAAAAUAAGAAAAUUAAAGAUCCUCGGUUGAUACCAAGAAUGAAAGAGUAUCUAGAAAGUAGAGCAAACAAGAAUUUUGUCAGUAUCCCUCUUAUGGCAGAAUAUCUACAGGAUAAAUACCCGGAAUAUGGAAGGAAGAAGAAAAGUAUGUUUAUACAGUAUGUGGAUAAAGCAUACUCUUACAUGGAGAAGCCGAGCUAUAAUGAUCCGCCUCCUCCAUUGUCAGACACUGAUGAGAACAGCAGCACUGAGAAGGAGCUUGUUGAGGAAAAUGGUCACUAUGUAUGGAAGAAUGUAUCAGAACAUUCUCGAGAGAUACCUGAUGUUGAGGAUGAGGCGGAGGAUGGAGGUGAUGAGGUUACCGUGAACAACGAUUCAUACUCCUCCUCCGAUGGUGAGGAUAUUACCUCAUCUGUCAAAAUGGAGCAGUUGGUUGAGUACAAGGAUUCUAAUGCCAUCAACAACAGAUUGAUGAACAUGUACAGAAACAGCCCUACACAUGUGUCAAAGCCUGCAGCAGACGACAAGAAAAGAAAAGCUUUGGAGACACCAAAAACAACAAUUGUAAAGAAGUCGAAAUCAGAAACCAAGGUGCUCUACCCCAGUCCUAAUGUGCUAGAGAGAAACAUCUCUUCAACAGGUCUUGUAGGACCACGGAGGACCGCUAAUGAUAAAUACUUUAUAGAUAGAAAGGGAGAUAAUGUCAGUUCUAAGAAAGACAAUCCUGAAAAUAAGGAGUCAAGGGAGGUAACUAUACAAAAAUUCCUAGGUGAUUUACCAUCAAGGACUUCAUUUAGUGCUUACGUAUCAGGUAAAAGUGACCCAAGAAUGAAAGGAGGAACACUGUAUCGUGUUUUUUCAGGGAAAACGGAGACAGAUCACCAAGCUAGUUUAUUACACAGUGGUAUAACAUCAGACAAUGUUGGGGUGACCAACUCGGCACCAAAAUCACCAGUGGCAGGGGAUUCAGUAGAAAAUGUACGUGUUACAUUAAUAGACCCAAGGAAAAAUAGGGAAAGAGACAAUGCAGAAAGUAUAGAUAUUGGUGGAGCAGAAACACAGAGUCAGGCAAGAGGUUUGGGAAAAGGUAAACUCAACAGAACACCCAAGAAAAAAAAGAGUGGUUCAAAAAUCAAGAAACAUGACGACAGUGAUUCUGAGGACAGGAAGGAGAAAGGAUUGUCUGUACAGAAGUCCAGUGUGACCUUUGCUGAUGUUGGUGGCAAUGAAACCACUUUAAUUGAUAUUUGCAAAUUACUGGUGCACAUGCGUCACCCAGAGGUCUACCAGCAACUGGGAGUGACCCCACCCAGGGGGUUCUUACUUCAUGGUCCACCAGGAUGUGGUAAAACUCUGCUCGCCAAUGCCAUAGCUGGGGAGCUGGAUUUGGCCAUGAUAAAACUAGCAGCUACAGAAAUAGUGUCUGGAGUGUCGGGCAACUCCGAGGAGAAAAUCAGAGACCUCUUUGAUAAAGCUGCGGAGAGUGCACCGUGUGUGGUGUUUAUAGACGAGAUAGAUGCUAUCACACCAAAGAGAGAGACGGCCUCCAAGGACAUGGAGAGAAGGAUUGUAGCACAAUUACUCGCUUGUAUGGAUGAUUUGAAUGCCAAUCCUGCAUGUCAUGUAUUAGUAAUUGGUGCUACAAACCGACCAGACUCCCUAGACCCUGCGUUACGGAGAGCAGGGAGAUUUGAUCGGGAAAUAUGUCUUGGUAUACCAGACGAGCAGUCAAGAUUAAGGAUUCUAGAAGUGCUAUGUAGAAAUUUGCGCUUAUCACAAGAUUUUGACUUUAGAUACAUGGCACAUAAUACACCAGGUUAUGUUGGUGCUGAUCUAAUGGCACUGACUCGAGAGGCAGCCAUGACAGCAGUUAACAGGGUAUUCCAAGACUUAAGAUCAGAUAUCAGUAAUACAGUUACAGAGAAAAAAUUUGACACUCAGGAAGCAGAUGUAUCUUCUACUCUGUCUAAGAAAGAAACUAAUGUGCCAGCUGGUUCCAGUACUGUUGCAACAAAACCUGGCACCAGCACUGAUUUGACUCAAUCUUGCCCUAAUUCCUCUCAGUCUAGACAUAAUAUAAAUGAUACUGAACCAGUUUCAAACUUAAAUGGGGAGCAGCCUGAUGUUAGUGUUGAUAUGAAUGUGGUAGGUUCAAGUUCAGGACAGCCUGGUUCAAGUGUUAGUAUAGAAAAGUCAGACCCGAUUUCUGUCCGUGAAAACAUUUUGCAAUGGGCAUCAAAACCAGACAAUACUACAACUAACACAUCUAAAUGUAAUGGAAUAAUAGAUGAUGUUGUUAAUGGCCAAAAAACAAGUGAGAAUUUAGUAACUGAAGACUUAAAUAGGAUUAAAGAUGAUUCUAGAACUUUAGAAGACAACUCAGGUGUACUUGUUGCACCAGUUGAAGGUACACAAAGUGUGAACAAUAAUGAGGUGGAUAAAAUUACUACUAGUGAACUUGCAGGGAAAGAGUUGACAGGUGAUUGUCAAAUGGAAGUAGAUAAUGAACACACUGAAACUUGCCAAGAUACAAGUGAAACUAAAACAGAUGGUGUUCAAGGUGCAGUUGCUGUGAAGUUAACAGUUAGAAGUAGUGAAUAUCUAUCGGUUCUGUCAUGGUUGAAGGAACAUCCACCACUAACAGAAGCUCAGCUAAUGGAUCUGUAUAUUACCAUGGAAGAUUUUAAGGAAGCGUUGAAGUAUGUUCAGCCGUCAGCUAAACGUGAAGGGUUUGCAACAAUACCUGAUGUUACAUGGGAUGAUAUUGGUGCGCUGCACGAGGUCAGGGAGGAACUUCAACUUGCUAUACUGGCUCCUGUGCGUCAUCCAGAGCAGUUCAAGAGUUUAGGGUUGACUCGAGCACAAGGUAUACUGCUGGCUGGACCACCAGGUUGUGGUAAAACUCUUCUAGCUAAGGCUGUAGCCAAUGAAUCAGGAAUUAACUUUAUCUCUGUGAAGGGACCAGAACUUCUCAAUAUGUAUGUAGGGGAGAGUGAGAGAGCUGUACGCACGGUGUUUCAGAGAGCUCGUAACUCGGCACCAUGUGUUAUUUUCUUUGAUGAGUUAGAUGCACUUUGUCCAAGAAGGUCUGGUCAUUCAGAAGGGAACUCAAGUGCCAGAGUGGUAAAUCAGUUGUUGACAGAGAUGGACGGCCUAGAGGAGAGGAAACAAGUAUUUAUAAUGGCUGCCACUAACAGACCUGAUAUUAUUGAUCCAGCAGUACUGAGACCAGGGCGACUUGACAAGACUUUGUAUGUUGGACUUCCUACUGCAUCUGACAGACUUGAUAUACUAAACUGUAUCACAAAGAAUGGCACAAUACCAAGACUUUUAGAUGAUGUCAACCUCACCAAUAUUUCGGAAGAUUCCCGAUGUGAUUGCUACACUGGAGCAGAUUUAGCAGCAUUGGUGAGAGAAGCAUCUAUUUCUGCACUGAAGGAAGCCAUCUUGAAUGAAGGGAGACAAGCCAGUGAUGUAAUUACUGUCAAGGGAGAACAUUUUGAUUCAGCUUUCAGGAAAGUCAAACCAUCUGUUACAGCAAAGGACCAAGAGAGAUACGAUUCCAUGAGAUCUAAACUUGCAAUUGGAACAUGAAAACUUCAGCAUGAAAUACAGUUGGCAUACUAGUGACACUGUGUUGAGAUUUCACAUUCCAGUGUGGUGACAAAAGGGUUUCUGUGAUAAUGUUAUAAUUUAAACACCAUACAUGUCUUCAAGCAGCUGGGGAAUUAGGCCAUGGUAAUGUUUGCUGUAUACAGUGUAACACUCCUACCAAAGACUUGCAAGUGAACUGUUAUGAUUAAGUUGUAUUCAUUUCUAGUAUCCGUUGAUAAGUUUUAUGUUCAAAUGGCGUUUCUUUAUACAACAACUUAACUCAUUUUCAUCAAAUUUUUGGUGUAAAGCUGUCUUUCUUUGUUAUUCAUAUCAUUACCUUGGUUCAUACCUAAUAUAUUAACAAUAUUGUUUACAUUACAUUACCCAUGGAACUAACAAGUUUUUUUAAAUUGAAUUUCACACUGCAUGAUACUGUCUAUACAAGUAAUGAACACUGAAAAAAUGUCUUGUUCCUUAUUCUACUGAAAUAUUUGUCUCGUACAAUAAACUUGAUAAAACUACACAUCUAUUAAAAGAUGGUAAUUGUACUGCAUUCGAGAAAUUUAAAAUUGCAACAUAAAAUAAUUGAAAGAAUUUGUUGCAAGAAGAUUCUCCUAUAUUGUGUUUAUGUUUCAUUGUUGCACAAUAAAUGUGGGUAUCGGUUGUUAUUUUUCAAUACUUAUGGAAGCACGAGUACUGCCUGUGAAACUCUUGUUUAGAUUGUUUUUAUUUGGAUAUACAGAAAUUUGAUCAUCAGUAAGGAAUAUCGAAUAUCUUUAGGAAUUUCCAGUUGCAAAAGUUUGAAUUGAUUUUUACAUUGCAAUUCACCUUCAUUUGUUAAGUUGAAGUAAUUAAGAAUGCUGACGUAGAAUAUCACGCUAAGUUUCCUAUGUCACAAAUCUACUCAGUAACUCCACUAUUCAGAAAUAACUGAAUGGUUCUUGGUAUUGUGGUGUAACAACACUAGAAAAGUCGGGCAAUUUUUUAAGUAACUAUGCACUAAAUUUUAGAAAAGUCAGGCACUUUUGAAAGUAAAUAUUCACUUAAUUUUAGAAAAGUGAAAAGGUAGCUUGUGAUUUUGUAAAUGACUUCAGCAUUAAAUAACAUUUGAUUUUUAUGCCCCCGAAGGGAGGCAUAUAGUUUUUGAACCGUCUGUCGGUUUGUCAGUCUGUCGGUCUGUCAGUCUGUCAGUCUGUCCGCAAUUUUCGUGUCCGGUCCAUAUCUUUGUCAUCGAUGGAUGGAUUUUCAAAUAACUUGGCAUGAAUGUGUACCACAGUAAGACGAUGUGUCGCGCGCAAGACCCAGGUCCGUAGCUCAAAGGUCAAGGUCACACUUAGACAUUAAAGGAUAGUGCAUUGAUGGGCGUGUCCGGUCCAUAUCUUUGUCAUCGAUAGAUGGAUUUUCAAAUAACUUGGCAUGAAUGUGUACCACAGUAAGACGACAUGACGCGCGCAAGACCCAGGUCCGUAGCUCAAAGGUCACACUUAGACAUUAAAGGAUAGUGCAUUGAUGGGCGUGUCCGGUCCAUAUCUUUGUCAACCAUGAUGGAUUUCAAAUAACUUGGCAUGAAUGUGUACCACAGUAAGACGACGUGUCGCGCGCAAGACCCAGUCCGUAGCUCAAAGGUCAAGGUCACACUUAGACGUUAAAGGUCAUUUUUCAUGAUAGUGCAUUGAUGGGCGUGUCCGGUCCAUAUCUUUGUCAUUCAUGCAUGGAUUUUAAAAUAACUACGCAUGAAUGUGUGGCACAGUAAGACGACGUGUCGCGCGCAAGACCCAGCUCCGUAGGUCAAAGGUCCUAAACUCUAACAUCAGCCAUAACUACUCAUUCAAAGUGCCAUCGGGGGCAUAUGUCAUCCUAUGGAGACAGCUCUUGUUGUAAAUAAAUCUGAGGUAAAUCAGAACAUAAGCUCCGCAAGCACAGGUAACAUUGGUCAGGCUUAACACAAGAAGCCAUGGGAUUUUAUAAGUGAAGAUAAAAUGUCAUGUGUAUAAAAAUAUUUGCAUUCAAGUUACUAGCUGCAAGAAUUAAAUAUUUACCAUUUUUAAUUUUCUUGAUUGUAGAAUAUUUGCCUUUUUUGCUUCAAUAUCCUGAACCAGAAUUGGACUUAUAUUGCAAUACUUCCAUCACUUGUUUAAUUCAGUUACAUCAAGGUUAGAAGUUUAUGUGUACAAACAUGCAACAAGCUUGUUUAUUUAUAGCCAAAGUCUUGUUUCAUUCAUGUUUUGUGAAAACAAUAAAAUUUACUAUUUACGGUA